UGCAAGGCUGGAGCCGUUGAGAAGGGGGUCCCCCUGUAUCGGCACAUUGCUGACUUGGCCGGCAAUUCUGAAGUCAUUCUGCCAGUUCCCGCUUUCAAUGUCAUCAACGGUGGCUCUCAUGCUGGCAACAAGCUGGCUAUGCAGGAGUUCAUGAUCCUCCCUGUCGGAGCAGCAAGCCGAAUUGCCAAGGCUGUGAAUGAGAAGUCCUGCAACUGCCUUCUGCUCAAAGUGAAUCAGAUAGGCUCUGUGACCGAGUCUCUUCAGGCGUGCAAGCUGGCCCAGUCCAAUGGUUGGGGUGUCAUGGUGUCUCAUCGUUCUGGAGAAACUGAGGAUACUUUCAUUGCUGACCUGGUG